ACCUCAAAAUCUCCUGCAUUUUUGGUAAUUCUGGUGUAAAAUGAGAUUCUAUCAGUUUAAAAUAGUCAGGGGGUAACUAAAAAGUGUUAUGCAACAUCAAGAGCCAUAAGCCGUACUUUUCAUGUUAAUUUGAUGGCGAUGCGGUAUAAUUUAGUCGUGAGAUUAAUGUUGUGCAUUCAGAUAUAUUAAGUUUACGUAGUUUAAAGAUUAAUGACGUCGCUAUCACGAGGGUGCACCUUAACUUUAUAGGUUAUUACGUCACAAAGUUACGAAAAUUAAGAGGGAAAUAGUAAAAUGUGUUCGAGUUACUGUGUUCAGAAAGCUGCGUAUAUAACUGAAUAUACAAAGUAACAGUUAGGUUUGGCUCGUUUAGUUUAGUACACAAGCAUUAUAACCGUACGCAUGCACAACGUAACGUAAAAAUUGCCAAAUAUAAAGAUGGACAGUACGUUUUUUCAGCACAUACAAAUAGGGAUUGCUGUACUGUUUAAUAAUGGAAACUUUGGAAGGUCGUUUAGCAGCGUUUCGUGCUUCCAUUGAAUAUGUGACGAAAUCGCUUGAGGUGGAUCGUCUUUCAGAUGAAGAAACAUUACGUAGCGUAACAUCAAUUUCCGAAGUUCUAAAUUCGAACUGGAUUUCACGAGUUGCUGAUACGACUGGCUCGCCUACUGGUUCCUGUGUCACUAUGGAGCAGCGAUUUAAACUUAAAAUGUUUGCUAAACAGCUUGAAGAGGUGGCGAUCUCUUUGUGGAAUGUGACUGUUGGUAAACAAACUCUUGGGUCAAUCAAAGAUACGACCGCUGCUGUAUUGCGCCAAAUAUGCUACGACCUUAUCGUUUGUCCGCUAUGUCUACCUGGAGAUUUAAAUGACCCUGCUAAUAACCCGUAUAUGCAUCGGCGUAUUAUGAUGGCGGCAAAAGUGGGUAAAACUUGGCUCGACCUUGAGGAGUUUGUUAAAUCCAGCAACUUGUUGACUUGCGCUAAAACUGACAUCGACACACUGAUGACAAGUGUCAAGGCAUCCGCUGAUGACAAGAGGCAGGACAUCACGUCUCUUAACAAGCAGCUAAUGCGGGUUUAUUGUGACAUGGCUGUUGCGGCAUCGGGUGCAAAAGACCACACGCGGGCGUUUGAGGUUCUAACCUCGGCUGCCAACAUGGAUCUAGCAUCUGGGGAAGGCGUGUACGAUAGAGAGUUUGACCGUGUAUCGGCCACAGCGUAUAACCUCGGUCUUGCCGCUACCAAUGAAAGGAAGCUCGAUACCGCUAUCAAGUGGUUGACACUCAGUUUCGAAGCGGGAAAACGGAAAGUGAAAACUGAAAAGAAAAAUAUGGCUUUGACUCUCCGCUUGCUGGCGCACGUGUACAGCGAAACAGGCGAAAAGGAAAACUUGGAGAAAUCUCUAAAUGCAGUUGAUCUCGCCCAUUCAUAUCAUGCUCAUCCAGCAGGGAUACAUUUAAGGCUCAAAAUCAUGUCGAAAAAUCGGGCCCUCCCCGACUGUGACGUCAGAAAGGUUAUGGAAGAACUGUUACGUCACAGUGACCUUGAAAUGGAGGUGGGACUCAACGCUUGUGCGAUUCUCAAUACAAACGGCAGGUACGAACUUUGUGACCAAGGGUUAAAGGAGCUUCUAUCCCGGUUUAACGGUUCAAGGCAAGUUGGGAAAAUUCACGUCCAGCAACUGCAAGCUGCAGUGCAAAGGUUGCCACCUCAAGACGCAUUGGAUUAUACACAGACGUUCUUGACAGAUCCGAAAAUUGCUGAUUCACUGGAUAGCGAUGCAGAGAAAAAUAUUCAACUCCUGCUGUGGGAACAAGCAGCUAAAUCUAAUGACGCAGGUGAGUUUGAUCAGUGUCUCUCCUGGUACGAUCAUUCUCUCCUCCUCUUCAAGAGAGGGAGGAGCAUAGAGGAGGUGAGGAAGGAUCGGGAGAGAUCCGGGAACCUCGGGAGGUUGCAGAGGAACAGAGCAUCCUGUCUUCUUAAUAGGGGAAGAUUAGUUGAGGCAGAAGAAGCAGCAAAAAUAGCUGUAGACAUGGAUUCAGAAAACCCAUUUUCUAUGUUCUGCUUGUUUAAAGUGAAGUUGUACCAAGGGCAAGAGAAAGAAGCCAUUGACGUCAUCGAGCGAUUAACAGCGACAUCGAGUGGUAAAGAACACCUUCAUGAGUUGAUAUGUUUAGCAGCACAACUUGCAUUCGAGAAAAAUCAUCGUUCUGUAGCCAUGGUGACCCUGCGUCACCUCGCAACUUCUGGCACAGAUGAUGUUGCGAGGCUUACGGCUUACAGGUAUGUUGCAUGUUAUGAAAGAAUGAAUGAAUGGUUAGCAGUUGAACACCCAGCACACCAUACUGAGUUAUGCAAGCGUGGGCUGAAGGUGGCUAUCAGUAAAAUAGAGAAGUCAAUUGCUACCAUGGACACAGAUGCUGAGAAAGAAGAAGCAUUAAAGAAGCAAAGUGGUUUAUACAGAAUGUUGAUUGACACUUGUUUAAAGCAAGGUAGUGGAUCUGACCCAACGAACAAAGAAGAAAGUUGGCAACUUAUGAACGAAGCUUAUUUAUUGGUCACAAAACAUGGAAAAAAGUAUCCUGAAACAGAGGUUGUAUGGUUGACUACCAGGGCUUGGAAUGUUGGAGUAAACCUGUUUGUAGCCGACCAUGUUGUGGAGGCCGAACAUUGGUGUGCGUUUGCACUUCGUAUAGUGGGCCAACUAGACGUAUACAAAGAAAGUUACGAAAAACGGAUGAACAAUAUAUACCAGGAGAUAAUUGAGAAAAAGGAUUUGGUUUUAUCUCGAAGAAUGAAAAGAACAGUUGUGUGA